ACCCCCUUUUAUAUAAAAACCUCAUUACCUCCCAAUCUCUCAACUUAUUAUUUUCUCCCAUCGAAGGUUUUUAAUAUUGAAUUUUCCCGAGAAAAAAUGUCAGGCCGCGGAAAGGGAGGAAAAGGAUUGGGAAAGGGAGGAGCCAAGAGGCAUCGGAAAGUUCUCCGAGACAACAUCCAGGGAAUUACGAAACCAGCGAUCCGUCGUCUGGCGAGAAGAGGAGGUGUGAAGCGUAUCAGCGGUUUGAUCUACGAAGAAACUCGCGGCGUUCUCAAGAUCUUUCUAGAGAACGUGAUUCGUGACGCGGUUACGUACACAGAGCACGCUCGCCGCAAAACAGUCACGGCCAUGGACGUUGUCUACGCUCUCAAGAGGCAGGGUCGGACUCUGUACGGAUUCGGCGGUUAAUUCGAUUGUUUCAGUUUCAGAUCUUGUAAAAUCUUUUUUUUUUUCAGAAUCAAUGGGAAAAUAUGCAUCUUUUUCCGAACAAUCUUGUUUUUUUUUGUUUCCGCAUAUAAAAUUAUUGUAAACUGAAAGAACUCUAGUUCGCAUAUC